AAAUAAGUAUGCUACGUACACAAAUGAAAGUCGGCGUGCCCUAGUUGCAGAUUUGAAGAAAAAGCUUAAACAGCAAGCUGGUAUGUUCAGUAAAAUAUUACACUCUCAAACGCAUUCUUUGCAUGCAUCUUAUGCCGUGUCGCUUGAGCUGGCAAAGGCAAAAAACCUUUCACUGAUGGCAAUUUGAUAAAAAAAUGUGCUGUUGAAAUGGCCAAAGCUUUCGGUGAUUCUAAAAUGGCGGAGAAAUUUGAAUCAGUGCCACUUUCACAUCAAACCAUACAAAGAAGGAUUGUUGCUAUGGGUGAGCAAGUAGAAAAAUCUAUGCUUAGCCUGGUUAAGAAAAGUUCAUAUUUCUCACUUUGUUUGGAUGAAAGCACUGAUCAAACCGAUGUUAGUCAGCUGUUAAUAUUUGUGCGCCCUACUUUUGAUGAUUUUACCAGUAAAGAGGAGUUAUUUGAUAUUUGUCCUCUUUAUGGAACAACAAAAGGAAAAGACAUCUAUGAGGCUGUGAAGAAAACAGUUGACAGAAUUGGAGGCUUUGGUAAAUGUUCAGCCAUAGCAACAGACGUGGCCCCAUCAAUGACAGGUAAAAAAAUUGGAUUAGUGGGUCUGCUUCGAGAGAAUGGUGUCACUUGCCCAAUAAUUCAAUGUAUUAUACAUCAGGGAGCUUUAUGUGGAACA